AUGCCGGGCCGCUCUUCUACGCCCCCACAGCAUCUGUCGCUGAAUACAUCGUCGCGGGGUACACCCCAGGCAAUCCCGAAUAAGCAUAUUCCCGUAUGCCCACCUGGGCCCGUCCCCGACCGUGGAUUGGUUACACCCCCUGCAUCGCCACCGUCCAAGGACAGUGUGAUCGAGACUACCUCCGUCACCUUCCCACCGACCAAGUAUGGCUGCGAAUAUUCAGAAGAUCCUCCGCUCUUCACUAUUAGUGCACAGAGGCUAGCAGAUGCAGUAGAGCACAUGGCAACCCAGCCGCUACCCAACACAGAGCAAGUAUUCCCGUGGUUACACGGCCUGCACCCAGACAACCAGAUCCAGCUGGCUUUCUUCACCAAUCGCCGGAAGAGUAGUCGAAAGGUGCCGCGAUGCAUUCGUAGUCUCACCAUUGUCAAGACCGGCGGAAACCUGGGUGCUUCCAAGCUGAAGGGUGCAAUUGCACCAGAAGAGCUUCUCGCCCCUGGCGACACCAGAUUUGUUGAGUGUGAUCCCAGAGAUGGGUUCUCGGUUCGCAACUUUCAGAUCCAAGCGUGCAAGCUGGCAACAGUUUCGGAUAUCAUCGUCUACGGUGAUACCAGGACAAGCCCCAGUGAUACUAUCACGCUUGCGAAGCGUAUCUCCAAGGCACAGCGACAGUAUGAAGUGAGGAACGGCUUUCCGCGGUGCUCCUUCAAUACAUUCAUGUUGUCAGAUCCCUUCAACCAUGUACAAGAGCAUUACCCCCAUCUAGUCGCCAUUGACUCGAAGGGUUCUAUGACGGGCAAUGUUGUCGAUUUCUUCUACUGGGAGAGGUACGAGAUGUGCGCAAUGUCAAGAGCGUCUGAGAUAUCUGAAAAUGUAUUUCUCGGACCAACACCGGAUCCCGCUCUCGAUCCAUCUUGUGUUGACCAAGUCUACGAUGUACUCAUCGAAGCGAGCGACAUUGCACAUGUCCCAGAUCCACCUACCUUGCGAAAAGCUCGCACUAUGCUAGAGAAGAAGGAUCGUAGAGGGCCACUUAUGAUGGACUUCCCAUCAUCUGGGAGCAUCAUGCCACCAAAUUGGUCUCAAGUUGAAGUCGAUGGUCUGAUGGAUACCUGCAGGUGGAUGUACGAAAUGGCUAAUCCUUCAGAGCUGCGACGAUCCAAACGCAAGAAGAGCGAAACGGAUGAGGCCAUUGAAUUAGACGACAUCGCAACACCAAAGAAGAUCUUGAUCCACUGUACAGAUGGAUAUACUGAAACGUCGUUGCUUGGCAUAGCAUAUUAUAUGUAUGCUCAGGGUGUACCUGCGCAUGAAGCUUGGGUCCAAUUACACCGCGAUAAGGGACGAAACUUUUUCGCCUACCCGACCGAUGUUUCCCUUCUCACUCAGAUUCAAGCUCGCAUUCUUCAAGAUUCGCCCCGUUUUCAAGAAAGCCCUUUCCACAUUCAGGAGCCCAGGUGGUUGUCGCGCAUUGACGGGAGUUUGCCUAGCAGGAUCCUUCCAUACAUGUAUCUUGGUAAUCUUGGCCAUGCAAAUAAUCCGGAGCUACUUCGCGAGUUGGGCAUAACGCGCAUUCUCAGUGUGGGAGAGGCGCUCACGUGGCCGGACGAUGUCAAAGAACAAAAUGAUUGGCCGACCGAGAAUUUGAUGAUGGUCGACCGCGUUCAGGAUAACGGGGUUGAUCCGCUUUGGGAUGAGUAUCACCGCUGUCUAAAGUUCAUCGAAGCAGGAAAGCAAGACGGAGGGGCUACCCUUGUGCAUUGCCGUGUCGGCGUUUCUCGCUCUGCCACCAUAUGCAUCGCCGAAGUUAUGAACGAGCUGGGUCUCUCAUUCCCACGAGCGUACUGCUUCGUGCGGGCGAGGCGUCUCAACGUCAUUAUCCAACCCCAUCUUCGAUUCACGUACGAAUUGCUGAAGUGGGAAGAGUACCAGCGUCAGCGACGCAACGAGCCUCUUCGCCGCGAGCUGGAGUGGGCGACCAUCGCGCGCGAGAUCGCGCUGAUGAAUAAGCCUUACUCCAGGUAA